AUGAAAGCAUGCUACAUCACGGACUCAAAGUUCGAUGCGGCAAAGCUGAAAGACAUCCUCGCUGGCCACCACUUGAAGCCUCGAGGAGACUUCGAAAGCUCACGAAAACAGCUCUUUGAUCACCAGUGCACGAAACUCUGUUUAUUCAGAGGCGCUGAUGUGAUCGAAGCCGGAGUGCAAACCGACAGCAUCCAAUUCCUAACGGAAGGUGAAGUCGCAGAAGUUGUUCAGAAAGCAAAGGACGAGCACGACUUACAGCGUGCGCGGGCCCGAGUUCUCAGACACAUGCACAUCCAAGAAACACCGGGAACGACGGCGAAGCAAAGCCAGCGACACCUUCACCCGGUGACCCUGAACACACGCAAGAACUUCCACGUGUGUGUUGACACAGGCGCUGACUUGUGUUUUGUGGCACCGUACAUUCCAAGGCAACUUGGCGCGCGGAUUCACAUGUACAAUCAGGCGCAAACCCUCAGACUUGGAACAAAGGGUUCCCAAUCCAAAGUCAACUCUUACUGCAUUCUAGACAUAGAAUUCGCAGGAGUGAAAAAACCCCAACAUUUCGAGGUAGCAAACGUAUACUACGAUGUCAUCAUCGGAGAUGAUUUCUUACGAAAGUACGAUUGCGUGGUCACAUUCAAUCCUGAUGAAGUUGUCUCGAGACAGCCAGAUCCGAUUCAGGAGACACCUGUCAAAAAGGCCGAGCGAGCAUCUCGCCCUCGACAGAAGAAGAAGCGACGAGAUCAAGGCCACGCUCCGAUCGAAGCUCAGAGCAAACUGCAACGCAACAUCGGCGAAGCACAUGACUUCGAUCAAGACGAGUGGGAUGACGACAACGAAUUAGUCAUUCACUUUGGAAGCAUGACAACGAUGGACGACACUCUGACGAUGAAAACAAGGGAGAUUCGCGAUUUGGAGAAUCAAGCAACAAUCCCUGUGUACCCUUCGGCGGGCCAGGAAGACUCCCCUGACUACGAACCUACCGAAGAAGACAAGAACCGAUACAAAAUGUGGUUACUCUUCACGUUUGGAAAGAUCUUCAUCGGCGAAGGGGACAAACUCCCUUUCCCACCGAUGCGAGCAGUCAUGCACAAGAUUCCUUACAUUGACAAGAGUGAUCCACCUCGACCACGUCGGCACUACAAAGUAGCCGACGCGAUGAUGGACAAGUGGGUGACCUUGAAAGAUCAGCAUGUUGAAGCCGGUCUCUGGAUCCCCGCUUCGACGAAGAAUGCCGACCCGAUGAUGCCUAUACUCAAGAAAGAUGGGAAGGCAAGACCGGUGGUGGAUCUUCGUGCUCGCAAUGCGAACACGGUGAAAAUGUCUAUCCCAGCGGUCGAUGCGGAUUACAUUCGUAGUCGCAUCGCAACGAACAAGUACCACGUCGAACUCGACUUGAAAGGAGCUUUUCAACAGCUUCGUAUCAAGCCGUCAGACAUUUGGAAGACCGCAUUCACGUCAAUCCACGGCAUGUACACGACACCUGUUGCCCAACAGGGUGACACAAACUCCCCUGCCACACUGGUGCGGAUGAUCUCCUAUGUCUACCAAGGCCUUCUGGGCAAGCAAAUGGAGGCAUACACCGAUAACAUCUUUGUCGUCGGUAACACAUGGAAGGAGAUUCGAGACCACACGAUCAGCGUACUUGUACGAUUUCAAGUGCAUGAGCUUUGCUUCAGCACCUCGAGCCUGAAAGUAUGCCCCGAGUGA